AUGGCGGGAGCGGGCCCGUCCCCUUCACUGAGGCGAUGGCGGCGGGAGGCGGCGCGGAGGAGCCUCCCCCCCCACCGCAGGGCUCCCGGAGCGCAGGCCGCGCCGUUUCUCUUUCGUUUCAUCGCCGAGCCGGGGCGGACCGAGCUCUCCCGCUUCCCGCCGAGAGCCCCGGGCCUGCGCUCGGGAGGCAACCACCUCUGCCGCCUUCCCCCGGACGCCGCAGCUCGGCGGAGCGACCAUGAAACACUGUGGUGGUGGUCCAGCAGGCUUUGGAUGCCCGUCAAUGAAGCAUUAGCAACGGGACAAGCGCCCAAAUCGGCCAGGACGGUUGUCAUCGCUGGUGUCCCUGAUGGCCUCCUGCACGACGAUGUCAUGACAGACAUCCUGGUGAUCCACUUCCAGAUGUCAAGGAAUAACGGGGGAGAUGUGGAAGAAGUCACGUAUCCAACAGCGAGAAAAGGGGUCGCAUACGUAACUUUUGAAGAUCAAGAAGUUGUAGAGAGGGUCCUAAAGAAGGAUGAGCAUCGCCUGCAAGACAAGAGGUUGGCCAGAUACUACCCACUGACAGUGACCCGUUACUGUGAAAAUGUCUUCAUCUCUGUCACCUCUGUCAUCAAUAUGUCUGUUUUCAAGGACCAAUUUGUUUUGGAAGACCUGAUACAAGAACUUAAAAGGAAGAGCACAGCGUUGAGCUUUGGUCCUUUGCAAUCCAACGGGCAUAUUUCUGUCCAGGGCUCGUUUCCAGCAAUCGAAUUGCUCAGGGACUUUCUGUUACUAAAAGCAAAAUCCCUUUCAGAGAAGGACUUGGGAGAAGACAGUAAGAUCCAUCAGGGACCAAAGAGGAGACUGCAGCAGAACAGACUUCCUACAGCAACGAGUAAUCCCAUUCGUGAUGCAGAUGGGGAAAAACACGUGGUGGUUCUGGACACGGAUAUUUAUCUCUACAUGAAGCACUUUUUUCCCAGGACAUUCCUAGCAAAUGAUGGUGGUGUCAUUUCUGGCGUCACCGAUGGCGAUAUAACGACAGUGGACAUUGGGAGAGCUGGAAGCGGGUCUGGUGCUGGACAGGGAUUGAGACUCAAGGAGAAAAUUGAAAAUCAGUCUAUAGAACUCCACAAUUAUUUGCGUAAAGAAAGGAUCGACUUCAAGGAGCUCAGCAGAGAUGAAAAGCGGAAAUACAAGCAGGUGUGUGAAAGUCUCAAAUCCCGCUACCCCCACGUUCUGAUCAUUCGUUAUGAUACUCACAUGGAUGUCAUAGGAAGCUCCGCUGACAUUUUUGGGUUUACCAAGGAAGUGAGCAGUAAGGUUCAGAGCCUGUUUCAAACCAGGUAG